GCUGUCGGCGUGUUGUCUAUUGUUAGUAUCCGUGUACCGCAUCGAGUCUCGCGAUCGUAGCCUUUGUUUAUUCUUUCAAGCGAGCCCAUUACAGCUGUUCAGUAACGCGUUGUUGCACCCUAGAUUAGUGUUAUUCAGUGUCAGCAUUGUUAUCAGUGGGAGAUCCGCAGUGAGUGAAUGCUUUGUGUAAUCAGCUGAGCGUGGAUGAAGCACCCCAGGUGCAGGUGAAGUGGUUGGUGUGGUGCGCGCGCCUCCGCUACAGCGGAGAGCGGCUCAGCUAUGGCGGCGACGGCCCGCCGCGAAAUUGAUACCGGCGAAGAGGAUAUUGCUGCUAUUGCCAAACAAAUUUCCGACCAUGCUGAGGCCAUCUAUCAGACUUGGAAAGCGCGGGGCCUUGCGCCAACUGAGAUCCUGUCAUGUAGGCCGACACCGGGUCUCAAGCUGGCCGAGAGUCUUAGAACGAAGCCACGACCCGAACCUAAACCUGAGUUAAAGCAGCGACCCGAUAUUAGGCGAGAACAGCGCCCUGAGCUAGCACGAGAGCCAAGACCAGAUGCUCGUCGAGAACAGAGGCCCGAACCACGUCGUGAAACUCGGUCAGAGCCUGGAGAAACGGUAGAAGUAAUGUUACCGCCGGAUUUAGUCCCGGAGCGGAAUGGCAAUGCAGGUGCUGGAGCCGGCGGUCGGCGAGCUGACCCUGCAGCAAUGCGAUUGGAGGUCGCUCGCGAGGAAGAACGCUUAUUACGAGCAUUGCGCACUGGCGGUGUGGUGGCUGAGCGCACAGCAGAGCGGCCUGAUGUUGUGCCGCCAGUAUCUCUUGUGGACUACGCUAAGAGCCGUUACCAGGAUCGUUUAGAUACUGGUGCUAGAAAGCCCGCAGCCGGAGCGACUAGCGAAAGACGAGCUUCACUAGGUUCACAUGUAACUGAGGCUAGAUCAAAAUUUGAAGCACGGGCUCGUCGGGCUUCUAGCGCUGGUGCCGGUGAGCUCGCAGCAGCCGGUUCGACACCGGUGCGCCCUUUUCUUACGCGUGGCUCUGUGGCCGAGCGUGUGUUAAUGUUUGAACGGUGUCCAAGCGAAGCUACUUUAGAGCUCGCUAAGAGGAAAACACCUGCGGCUACAACAUGGCGAGGACCACACGAUGUCAUCAAUAGGGCGCAGAAUUACGCGGCGUCAACACCGGCGAAGCCUUCAUCUGCGCCAGCGCACACGACUCUGCAGCGAACGGUUCGCGGCGCGGCCAACAGCGGCGCGCCUGCGCGUGUUAUCCCUCGCUUCCACUUCCCUAAGGGCCGGCCGCCGCCUGCGCACCAACAAGACCAUGCAAUACAUAAAGUGCAGUCUGCUUUUGCCACAUUUCCCAACAGUCAGGUGCCGCGAGAAAGUUUCAAGCACAUAGUCAAGGCGUGUGAAUGCCCGCUGUACUGGAAGAUGCCGCUGUUUCUUACCACGCAGCAAAAUCUGCACGCGCAUGUCGACGGACACAAAUUCAUUGACUUCUGGAGAGAAAUUACAACCCAAUGCCACGACCAAGCAUCCCGAUUUGUAUACAUCCUAACACGAGGGAAGAGUAACACGUUGGCGCCGGAAGAUUUCGUGCCGUUGGUCCAGGACGUGGUGGACACACACCCUGGCCUUUCUUUCUUGAAGGAAGCCACUGAGUUUCAUUCAAGAUACGUACAUACUGUGAUCGCUAGAAUAUUUUAUUGUGUAAAUCGAUCGUGGUCCGGGAGGAUUUCGAUACCUGAAUUGAGGAGAUCUAAUCUACUUCAAGUUAUAGAGUUACUUGAAGAUGAAGAGGAUAUUAAUCAAGUUACACAAUACUUUAGUUAUGAACAUUUCUACGUCAUUUAUUGCAAAUUCUGGGAGUUAGAUCGAGAUCACGACUUAUUCAUUGAUAAACACGAUCUCGCAAGACACAAUGAUCACGCGUUAUCGAGCCGUAUGAUCGACCGGGUGCUGUCAGGAUGCGUGACGCGUGGAAAUCAAAACCGUUUGACUCCCGAUGGUGAACCUCGCAUGUCGUACACGGAAUUCGUCUGGUUUCUACUGGCUGAAGAGGACAAGACGCAUCCCACCGCAAUUGAGUACUGGUUUAGAUGCAUGGAUGUAGAUGGAGACGGGUACAUAUCUAUGUACGAGUUGGAGUACUUCUAUGAAGAACAGAUGCAAAGGAUGGAAGCUAUCGGAAUAGAAACUCUGCCUUUUAACGACUGUUUGUGUCAGAUGCUAGAUAUGGUACAUCCAGCUGAAGAAGGCAAAAUUACUCUAUCAGACUUGAAAAAAUGUAAACUGACGCCUAUCUUUUUCGACACGUUCUUCAACUUGGAAAAAUAUCUUGACCACGAGCAGCGGGAUCCGUUUGCUACGCAACGUGACUCGGAUUCCGAGAUGUCAGAAUGGGACAGGUUUGCAGCUGAAGAAUACGAAUUACUGGUGGCUGAAGAGGGAGGCAGUGAUGCCCAAGAUCAAAUCUCGUACGAUGAAACAGACGAAGACUGUUUAUCGCCAAAUCUAGAUGACAUCACCAGCACUGAAGUUGUCGAAGACUCGAGUAUGGAAGAAUCCACUCUCAGUGAGAGUGUGUCCAGCGUGACCUCCGCCCGGCUGAGAGAGCCAGGCGUAGCGGCCUCCGUUUCGCGUGUCCAUCCUAUCACUACCUCAGCGCCCGACUACGUCAACCUCAGCUCUAUUUAUUCUAUUGGUUCUCCAGAACGCUGGGUAAAUCAACCUCAAACAGCCUGUGUCAAGAAUGGUUAUCCAGAAAAAAAAAUACCGUCCGAGAAACCUGUGCCUCCCGAAAAGCCAGUUAGUUUGAUGAUGGUCAACGGUAAAAUGGAUAACAGAUACGCCGGAUUCGGUGGUAAUAAUAGUUUUUUAUAUUCCCAAUUGCUCGCUUCUGGGGGAGCGCGUGCCAAAGAUCCACCAUCGUACUCAGUCGCGACUAGCGGCGCUCUGUUUGAUAAAAACGACGAAAAGGUGACGUCACCAGUAAAAACUGUUAAAUCGCCGGUUACUAGUCCAGUUAACGGAGUGAAUAAGAUUUCUGAUAAUUAUGAAAGAGCCGUAGCGGAGAGACUCAGUCCGCAAAGAGAAAUAUCUAGACUGAAUCGAAGCAGUUUGUUCAGUAAAGUAAAUACUGGAGUGGUGUCUAGCAAGGUUAAAAAGAAAAGUAGUCGCAAUCAGGAGGAUGAUGAUGACGACUACGCACGAGACAGCGAUGAAUGCUCUAUAUAGGUUUUGGCGUUCAAGAAAUGGUUUUGGGGGUCACCAUAACACGUGACUCACGUGAAAUAUUCAUUUAAUUCACUAAACACCAAAGAUCACGGUCGUGCAAUUCAUGUAAACUAAUUGACAGUUUGUCUUUAGAUUAGAAUUAAAGACGAUAGUUACACAGUUUUGUUAAACAGAGAUAAUAUUUUUUCAACGUAUCCUAGUGGACGAUACGUGCCUUGUGACAUUGUAGAGAUGUUAAAAUUCUGAACACUAGUUGAGUGAAAUUUAGACACAUUAUGAAGUGUAAAAUAAAAGAACUUAUUUUAAAAUUCGGAUAGACUAGUUUCGGCAUUUUAUUAGAUUUGUAUUUACUUAUUUAACAGAUUUUAUACAGUGCUUUAUUUAUAUAGUAAAAUAAGCAUAUCAAUAAUUUGCAUGCAAUUUGUUUAGAUCAAUUAUUAAUUUUUUUAAAUAAUCCCAUCAAGAUAAUCACGUCCAUCACGAAAAUUAA